UUACGGAUAUAAUACAGAAAUUUUACGUGGAUAUGAUAAAGAAGAAUUAAUGGAUCAAUAUUUUCAUUAUGAACCUUAUUCAUCAACUUUACAAACUCAACGAUUAAUAGUUACAACAAAAGCACAUGAAGUUACUAAAUCAUUUCAAAGAAUUUUUCAUCGACUUCCACCAACUAGUACAGUAAUUAUAAUAUCGCGUUGUAUGGGAAUUUAUGAGGAAUUAAUGGAAAAAUUUUUCUCAAAUGAUGAGAUAUUAAGACCGAAUAUUUUACUUGGAACAUCUACGCAUUUAUGUUAUGGUAUGAAGAAUUUAAACAGUCCAUUUGACAUCUUUCAUAACGGAGUUGGAGAAAUUGAUAUUGGAGUCAUACCUAGGUGUGUCAUACCUAGACAUGAGUAUGUCAUACCUAGACAUGAGUAUGUCAUACCUAGACAUGAUAAGAGGAAAAAUUCUAGAAUAGCAAGAUUAUCAGCAGAAGACGAAUUAUCAACAACAAUAUUUGAAGAAAAAAAACCAAGAGAAGGAAAUUCGUUAAGUGCAACAAUAAAAGCUUUAACGCAAAUUAAAGAAUUACAAGUGAGAUGUAUUAAUGUAUUAAGUUUACAAAAUCGACUUUUAGAGAAUUUAGCAAUUAAUGCGUGUAUUAAUCCACUUACGACAAUUUUUAAUAUGCGUAAUCGAGGACUUUUAUUUAAUCCUGGAGCCGAUCGAGUUUUACAAGCUUUAUGUAAAGAAUCAGCACAAGUGAUGCGAGAACAUCGAAACUAUUUAGGUAUGAGACCAUCGAAUAGAUUUGGACCUGGAAGAUUAGUUGAUGCGAUACAACAAAUUUGUCAAGAGACAGCAUCACGAAAAUCAGACAUGUUAAAAGAUGCUAAAAAUCGGUAUAUAAUGGAAAUUGAUUAUUUGAAUGGAUAUAUUGUGAAAUUGGGUAAGAUUUACGGUAUACCCACGCCAUUACAUCAAUUAGUAAUUGAUAUGAUAUAUUUAAAACAUAAACUAUUGUCUGGUUCACUAAAAGAAAGAUAUACAAAUUUAUAA